AUGGCAAGCGCAUCGGCCAAAGAUGGUGUCAAAGUGUUUGGUGAAUCGCCGGCCUCGAGCCCGCCUUACAUAAACGGUGCCGAUGAGUCAAUCGAACAAACCCCCGACGGCACUGAUCAUGAACCCGACGUCGACGUCCUGCAGAACCGCUUUCAGGACGAGUCCGUCCGAGCCAAAGCAGAGUUACACCUACGGCGCAAGAUUGACCUGCGGCUAUGUACCAUCGCCGGCAUACUGUGCAGCCUGAAUCUGCUGGACAGUGGAAUCAUCUCAUCGGCCUCGGUGACUAGCAUGCUGUCCGAUUUGGACCUCGUCGGAGACCGCUACUCAGUGUCGAUAUUCAUAUUCACGGUCGCGUCAAUCUGCUUCCAGCUCCCUUCCACCAUUUUGCUCCGGCUUGUUGGCCCCAGAAUCUUCUUCGCCACUAUAACUUGUGCUUUCGGCAUCAUCACCAUGUGUACUGCGGCCAUAACUACAUGGAGACAGAUGAUUGCACUGAGAGUCCUCCUCGGUAUCUCCAUGAGCGGUGUCUUUCCCGGACUGACAUAUCUCAUUUCGACCUACUAUACCCGGAGAGAGCAGCAACUGCGCUUUGCCAUCCUUCAGUCGGGCGAGAUCACGAUUCUUGCGACCGGAUCCAUCGUCAACUAUGGCCUCAACCAUCUCGACCACCGCCACGGCCUUCGUGGAUGGCAGUACAUGUACCUUGUCCAAGGUGCGGUCACCGUCUUCCUCGGCAUCGUAACAUAUUUCUGGAUGGUUGAAUUUCCUGAUCAAUGCGAGAAUUCGUUUCGCUUCCUGUCGGACGACGAAAAGAUUUUGGCCCUCUCGCGUAUCAAUGAGGAUCGGCGCGAUGGCGGAAAGCCUGAACCUCUCAAUGUGUCCGCCAUUCUGGUCAACUUCCUGGACGUCAAACUAUACGUCUUCUGUACACUGUUCUUCCUUCUGAACAUUGUAUCCACAGCCCUCAGCUACUUUCUGCCGAUAAUAUUGCAAAGUGGAAUGGGCUUCGACACUAACAAGGCAAUCUUGCUUUCCUCGCCGCCGUACUACUACGCCGUGAUCCCCGUCCUGAUAUCCUCGUAUGUCGGCGACAGGUAUCGAAUCCGGGCACCAGUGAUCAUCUUCAACGCCAUAUGUCUGAUUGUGGGAUUCUGCAUGCUCGGGUUUCCAAGUCAAGUGACAGUUAGAUACAUCGGUACUUUUCUCGCCACUGGAGCUUACAUCUCAAACUGGGCGGCACUGAACGCUUAUCAAGCCAACAACGUGGUUGGACAAUGGAAGCGUGCCACGGUCGCAGCCGCCAUUUCAGCUUGUAAUGGACUGGGCGGAAUUGCCGGAAGCUAUAUCGUGCGCCAACCUGAAGCGCCUCGCUACUUGACGGCGAUAUGGGUGAGUAUAGGGAGCCAUAUAGCUAUGAUCGCUGUUGUUAUGGGUUGCACACUAUGGUUCUGGGAUGCGAAUCGCCGAGCUAGACUCGGUGACCGGCUGAUAGAAGGGGUUGCGAGUUUCCGCUACACCUACUAA